GAAAGAGCUCUGGCCUACAGAGCUAGAAGACUUCAAAUUUGAAUUACCAAGAGAUGAGAGAAAGAAGCUGCAAUACAAAUAUCUGUCCGCAGUAGUUGUUACCUACCACUUUCAAUUCUCCCAACUGUCAGGAGUGUGUCUCAUCAUAGAUCAACCAUUAUUGAUCAUCAUCAACAAAGGAGCGCGUGGAUUUGUGAGGUCUAAACCUUCAGCAACUUCAAUCGUUUUCUCUACAGGGCUGCAAACAUCAAGUCACGACAUGCAAUUUAUAUAUGUCUUGUCUGGAUGGGAGGGUUCUGCACAUGAUGGCCGAGUUCUUAGGGACGCUAUUACGAAACCUAAUGGACUAAAGGUCCCAAAUGGUUUCUAUUAUUUGGUCGAUUCGGGAUAUGCAAAUUGCCCAGGAUUUCUUGCACCUUUUCGAGGUCAACGAUAUCAUUUGAGUUCUUGGAGUGAUGGCCAUCAACCAGUAACUCCAGAAGAAUUUUUUAAUAUGAAACAUGCCAGUGCUAGAAAUGUAAUCGAGAGGACUUUUGGCCUCUUAAAAAUUAGGUGGAAAAUUCUAGCUAGUCCAAGCUUUUACAGCAUAGCCACCCAACGGCGUAUUAUCAAUGUGUGUUGCUUGCUACAUAAUUUCAUUAGAAAGGAGAUGAUUGAAGACCCUGCAGAAGAUGAAGUGGGCACUCUAUCUUUGGAAGAAAACAUAGAAGAUGAAAUUGGUAAUAUCACAACCGUUGAACCAACAAAUGAGUGGACUGAAUUAAGGAAUCAAAUGGCUGUGGACAUGUUCAACACUUGGCGAUCAAGCCAAGUGAUUCAUUAGCUAUUUAUGUACUUUGAAUGCUUUAAUGCAAAACUUUUUCC